AUGAGCACCAUGGCCAUGCGCAAUUCGCCGCUCGGCGGCCUCUCAUCGCGCCUCCUCAAGACCGUCUACACUACCAACCAAUUCAUUCGUCCAUUCCACAAGAAGUCUCUUCCUACCGUGCCAUCUCCGACCCCUUUCGUUCCUGACGUCCCGACUUUCCUCACCUUGAUCGGCCGCGAAAUGUCCAAGCAAGCGAGCAAGAUUCCUACCUGGGAGGAUCUCUUCACCUACAACUCGAACCAGCUUCGCGAAGCUGGCGUUGAGCCCGCGCGCCAGCGCCGAUACCUCAUCCGGAAGCGCGAGAAGUUCAGACACGGUAUCUACGGCCCCGGCGGCGAUCUGGUACAGGUCGUUGAUGGCGUUGCACAGCUGCGUGUUGUCCAGGUACCUAAGAAAGCAGUUUCUGGCACAGCGGACGGUCAAGACAUCGAGGCGAGAGCUUCCGCUAAUAUGUUACCCGGUAUGGUGAAAGCCCUUGUCAACCUAGCACCUGAUGCCACCGAAUUUGUAUACAACAAAGACUUCGAGAUCAAGAACUUCGCACAGAUGAGAAUUCACCAUGCGACUAGUCCCAAGGGCCCAUACCUGCAACCCUUGAAGGGUAGCAAGGGCACUGCUGCGACCAUCUCGGUCCAGGAGGGCAUGUGGGAGGACAAGCGCGGACACAAGGUUGAUGGUGGUGAGCGACGACGCAGGGAGGUCCGAAACAAGCAGAGAUUGGACGAGAGGAGAAAGGCAUAA